AUGAAAUCAAAAAACGAUCAAUAUAUUAGUUUGGUAAAUAACGAAGUUCGAGUACAAAUCGAUAGUCUUACCGUUUAUGGAGGACAUAAUUUAAGUAAUCCGGCAGAUAAUUGCACAUUUACUUUACAUCGUACAAAUUGCAAUAAACCACCAAUUGAAGAGAAUGAAACAAUUGCAUGGAAUACUCGAAUAUGUUUUCAAUGGCACUGCAAUAUUUAUGAACAUGCAAUUAGAGUUGAAAAUUGUUGGGUUGGUAGCAAAUAUCAUCCGGUAUAUUUGAUAACAGCAGAUGGAUGUUCAUCUGAAACAACAAUGAUUAGUACACCACGUUAUGAUUCUAAAAUGCAAAAAGCAUUAUCGUUAGGUUGGUUGUCAGUCCGACAAGUAUAG